GCCUGCAUUGAGGGAAUAAGUAUGUAUCGAGUUAAAUGGCCUGAUCAGGAUGACUGAUGUACUCUAAACCAGUAAUGGGCUGAUUGUGCCUAUGUCCUUGGGAUUGGGAAUUACUGGUUGUGACAUUGUCCUCGUUUUGAUGGACGUGAUAUAAUUGGUGUUGUUCUUAAUUGAUGUUUGAAAAGCUGGUGAUCAUUUUUUAAUUUUGUCUGGUGGUUAAUGACUACGAUGCAAAUUAAAAAUUUUAUUUGGUGAACCGCCCCACCGAAAAAAAUGGGGAACGGAGAACGCUGAAUUCUGCCUCGCCAUGUUAUUGAAAAUGAAAUUCCUUCAUUAUAACCUACCCCCUUGGUAAAGAUAUUUCUUGUGAUAAUGAAAAGCUACAUAUAAGAUAUACAGUAAAAUACAAUCAUAUAUUUUGAACAAAAAUGCGUUAGAAGAGUUACAGUUUAUGCUUCUACAUAUCUAUUCACUUUUUGCAUAUAUAUUACUGCAUGUUGCAGAAAGCUAAUUUCAUGCGGAGGGCUUGCAUUUGUAAGUUGGAAGAGUGUGUUUAUUCGACAAGCCAAUCAGACUCGCGGAAAUUCACACGUGGUACCUUACGAAACUUCAAUGUAUAUGUAAGUAUAUUACAUGUAUUACAUGACACACAUGACACAUGGAUUUGAUCGCUCCGCUCUCGUUCACCCCAAUUUAUCUGAUAAUUUCUUCUUUACUGAAUAAUUCCUCUCAUUAGGACUGCCUAGGCUGUUUGGGAAUGAUAUGGCAGAAACGCUUGAACUAGCAAAAGAGGCAUUUGCCACCCGAAAUUUUGAUCUUGCGGCAGAAAUCUACGAACGUCGUCUGACAAGUGGUCCUGAUAUGAAAAUAUACUUGGCUUUGGGAGACUGCUAUUCGAAAACUGGUGAUUUCAAGAAGGCAUUUCAUGCCUAUACACAAGCUUACAAGCUUGGCCGAGUCAAACCCGAUCAACUAAAACACUUAGUGGAUGGUUUAGUAGAUUUCAUGUCUACUAAAGGCGUUGAGCUUUCAUUGGUGCCGAAGAUGGAACACCUGGACAUGUUUUCGUGCUGGACUUGUAGGAGUCUGCUAGUGGACCCUAUUGUUCUGCCAUGUGGGCAUGUUUUUUGUCGAAAAUGUUUAGAAAAGGACGGUACAAAAACUUGUAAAAAGUGCAAAGUCGUGCACUAUCAUUUGGACCUAAAAAAGGCCAAAACAAACGUUGUAAUUUCUGGCAUUUUGGACAAAUUAUUCUUCCCGGAAGUCAACGCAGUCCGAUUAAAGACGGAAGGAAACAAACAUUUUGAGGAAAGAAACUUUCCAAAUGCUAUAACUUCAUACUCAAAAGCCUUGGAAUUCGCCCCCAAUGAUCACCUGCUUGUUAGUAAUCGCUCACAUGCCUACGCCUCACUUGAAAGAUACCAUGAAGCACUGGCAGAUGCUGACAUUAUUAUCAAAUUGCGACCGGAUUGGCCCAAGGCUUAUUAUCGCCGGGGUGCUGCCCUGAGUGGCCUUAACCGCCAUGAGGAAGCUUGUCUGGCAUUCCUCCAAUGUUUGGCGUUGGAUCCAAUGAUUGCUACUGCAAAAACUGCCCUGGCAAAGGAGCUUCAUGCCAUCCUAUCACCCAUUGAGGCUGGAAACCUGAAGCAGGUUGAGCUGGAACAACUCAUGAACCCGUCACCGUGGAUGCAACUGUUCAGUCAGAGGGAGGAGCACCAUCUAUCUGCUGAGAGAAUCAUGAGAGUGAAAGUGAUGCUGAAAGAUACGUUGGUGAAAGCUGGGAUGGCUGAACAAAAUGAGCCAAAUGCAGUGAAAGUAACUGACCUAAAUGUGGACUCUCAACAACGAUGUAUGUCCGCCCCAACAUCCCGUUCACCAUCGCCUCAUUCAUCGCCAUGUCUCAGUCGUCGAUCUGCCUCACUUGCUGAAGAUGAGCUUGUGGAGGGAAGGACUGGUAGUGGUAGGAAACGGGCGAGAGAAUGCGAAUCAGACGAAUCGCACACAGAAAGUCUUAUUAGAUCCGUGCAGAACAAAUUGGCAAGAAGUUCUCUUGCAGGUUUAGCUGAGAAGAAAGCAGACGACGACAAAACGUCGUCUGUGAAAAACAGCGAGGCUCCUGCAGACGUGAAAGAAACCGGACGAAAACCGAAUGUCAGUUUGUUGAGUCAGGAUGAUAUCGAGUGCAGUAUAUGCUCCCGUUUGUACUACAUGCCGGUUGGAACUGCUUGUGGCCACAUCUUCUGUCGUCAGUGUCUUGACCGGUGCUUGGAUCACAGCAACUUUUGUCCACUGUGCAAGAGCUCACUGGCCGAGCAUUUGGCUGAGAGGAGACAGUCUGUAGUAGAGACCAUCGAAGAGUUGAUUACAACAUAUUUCUCCGAUCAGUGGCAGGAACGGAAAAAAAGUUUCGAAGAAGAGAUGUCCGUACUUGUCAAUGGUGGUAAAGAUGAUCAGCAUGAGAUACCAAUCUUUGUGUGUUCCUUGGCCUACCCAACGGUGGCCUGUCCUCUGCAUGUGUUCGAGCCACGCUAUCGGCUGAUGAUCAGACAGAGCAUGGAAUCGGGCACGAGAAAAUUUGGGAUGUGUACUGCUACUGGAAACUCAGAGGGUGAAUUUGCCGACAUUGGUACUAUGUUAGAGAUACGUGACGUCCAAUACUUUGCUGAUGGUCGAUCGAUAGUAGACACAAUUGGUGGCCAGAGAUUCCGAGUGAUUAGUCGUGGUGUAAGAGAAGGGUACAACACUGCCAAGGUCCGAUUUAUGGAAGACGACCCUGUUGCAGCCAAUGACAGAGAUGAAGUGUUAGCAAUCAGCAAGGAAGUUUAUGACCAGAGCAGAGAGUGGUUCCAAGGCCUUUCAAUGCAACAACAAACCCAGAUUACAAGUCAUUUCGGCACCUUCCCUCGCUACGACAGUGAAAACCCCCUUCCACCCAUUGGCCCAAAUUGGGCCUGGUGGGUUACUGCUAUCCUUCCUCUGGAUCCUAGAGCGCAGGUCUCCAUCAUCAGAAUGACUAAUUUGAAAGAACGUCUAGUCGCACUGAAAAAUGUUAUCCAGUUCUUGAACCGCCAGAGGAAUAAAUGACUAUUGCGCUCAGCAGUAUUGGUCUUGUUGGUUUUGGCUAGUUAUGUGACAGGUACACCUUGGGGGAUUGUACUUUUCUUUGGGAUGGUGGCAUACUAUGUUUUGCAUCCAGAAACAAACUUAACUUUACCUAUUAAUGACUUAUGACUGCCAGCCUGGUCCAAAACGGCCUGGGAAUGUCAACUGACUGUCAUAUUUACAAAAAAAUAAUUUGUAUCUGUAAAGAACACAAUUUCAUAUCAUCAUGAGGGCAUUUUUAUAUUCCUAUGUUUAUAUGGGUUUUGAGUCUAUGUUUUCAUAACCUGUCCUCUUAUUUUCCACUUCUUAAAUGCAUACUCGUAGCUUCGGAAAAGUUUGUAACAUGUGGUUCCAAGUAGGCUAAGUAUAAUGCCCUACUGAGAUGAGCUUUUUGCAGCUGUGAUUGUUGAAUGGCCAGUUUAAUUUUCAUCUUCAUUCAUCCCUUUUUGUACAAUUGAUGUUAUCAUAAACAGAGGGCGUGGAUUUGAAUUGGUCAAACCCUUGCUCCAUAAUGGAAUUUAUAAUUUAAUUUUGUAAAUAGAUGAAUUAUCAUCAAAUUUGAUUGUCCAGUUAACAGAUUGAAAGGAGUAUGAAAGGUUUAAAAUAAAAAUAGAUGUGGUUCGGGUGACCCUGGCUUCUUUAGUUGUUUUGGUCCCAUGAAGGAAGAUCAAACUCUUUUUGGCCAAAAUCCUUAUUCCUGUGUUAAGGUUUGAGGUAUAGCUUCUUGAAAUAACCUCCAGAGGCAAUUCUGAGGUAUGAAAACAAUUAAUUUAUAACAGAAGUGUGCAUCAGUAAGUGAACAUUCCAGAAUAAAAUGUAAUGGCGUUAACAUUUUGAGAAGGAAAUAUCCAAAUAUUAAACCAGAUCAUUUCGAUUUUGGUUUUCUUUAAUCGUACUCAUGAUUAUUGUACAUACUGCUUUAGUGUAAUAAGUUGCAUAAAAUAUUUUUCAAGUGUAGGAAGGUUGGGAAUGGGUAUGAAGAAGUCAAUCAUAAAGUUGUGAAUUAGUGUUAUUUCUGAUUUAGAAACUAAUUUUAUGAACAAAAAAAUGGAUUAGUUAUGAAACCCUUGAGAGAAGAGUUUAAAGACACCCUUUCUUUGUGCCUUUAAUUCAAGAAUAGUCACUUAUAUAAUCAGGUAUGCUCAAACCAAAGCUUUUUACUGUGUCGGCAUGUUUAAGUCUGCUGAACAGUAGGCCUAGUUUACAUGCAAGAGUCCCAAGUGUAACUGGCAUGCUUCAACUGGCUUAACAUGGCAACACAGUAUUUAAGACCUCGUUUGUACAUUACAAUGAUAUUUUUUCAAAGUGCAUGUUGUAAUAUCGGUAUUAGGAUGUUCUGAAUCACCUGAAAUCAUUUCUUAUUUAAUGAUCUGUAAGUAGAAUUGCUAUUAAUUAGGAGGGGCAAUCCAUUAGGUACAUGUGGUGGAUAACUCGUAUUGGGAGGGUAAUCCAUAACAUUUAUUGUCAUGUAAUCACACCUAAAUGCUCAAAAUAAACAAUGCAGUGGUCUUCCAAAUUUGGCAUCAUCAUUGUUUUGAAAGCGUCAAGUGGCGGGGAAAGGGUUGUUGUGUUCCAAACGAAUGUGAACAUCUUAUGUCAAUAGCCCGAGAUGAACUUUAUAUGUGAGUGUAAGUUAUUUGCAGCAUCUUUCUGAAGACAUUGUGAUACCCUCCUUUUGUUAUAAGCAGUGCCUAAUGGAUAUAAAAUAGUAAAGGGUGGAGUUUUCUUUUGCUAAACCUGUAUGUUAUAUAUAUUUUAUCAAUAUCUAAACACCCAAAAAGAAUGAUUCUGUAAUAAAAUAUAUGCUGGUGAAAUACAA